CUACGAUUUAAAAUGGCAUCCGAUGAGCAAUGCUUCUUAAAUGUUCGAAUUCCUGAUGAAAGGGAUAGAAUACAUAAAGAUGAAUGCUGUUUGUCUUUCGACAAUGCGGAAAGCGAAAAUGGUUUGUAUAUUUGUAUGAAUAAGUUUUUGGCUUUUGGUAAGAGACAUCUUGAAACCUACUCAAAGAGGACCAAUAGUAUGGUGUUUCUCAAUGUUAAAAGAUUAGUAAAAGAAAAAGAAUGCAUUAUUUCUGAACCUGAAGCAAAGAAACCAACCAGAUUAGCAAUUGGAUUUGAAGGUGGUUUUCCGAUGGACGAUGAUAAGCACGAAUAUGAGGACAUUUAUACGAUUGUUGUGCUACCAUCAUGGACUGAAUAUUCUCUAAACGAUUCAACUCUGCCGCCUCAUGUGAUUGCAUCAGCUAAAAGUAUCAUAUCAGCAGAAUCGGCUGCCAGAAAAACGGAAAUAGAGAAUCUGGCUGGAACAUGGGAUGGAGAGAAAAGAUCUAUUUCUAAAUUUGCAGCAGAUUUGUUGCAGUUGAACAAUAACAAGAAAGUGGCUCCUUCUGGUUGGAAGUGUGAGAAAUGUGAUAAGGUGGAUAACCUCUGGCUCAACCUCACAGAUGGUUCGAUCUUGUGUGGUAGAAAGUUUUUUGACGGAACAGGUGGCAACAAUCAUGCCAGUGAACAUUAUCUAGCCACUAAUUAUCCAUUGGCGGUCAAGUUGGGCACUAUCACUAAGGACAGUGCUGAUGUUUAUUCUUACGCCGAGGAUGAUAUGGUUGAAGAUCCUUUUCUCGCUCAUCAUCUUGCUCACUUUGGCAUUGAUAUCAUGAGAAUGCACAAAACUGAAAAGACGAUGUUGGAACUGGAAUUGGACUUGAAUCAAAGAGCAUGGGAGUGGUCAGCAUUAACUGAAUGCCACAGCCAACUGCAACCCAUCUAUGGUCCUGGGUAUACUGGCAUGUACAAUUUGGGAAAUAGUUGCUACAUCAAUUCCGUCGUACAGAUGCUAUUUAAUUGCCUUCCAUCCUUUGUUGAAAAGUACUACACACCCUCAGAGAAAGUUUUCAGUGGGGCGUCCUAUGAAGAUCCAACCUCCAACUUCAACGUUCAGAUGUGCAAGCUGGCCCAUGGUUUGUUGUCUGGUGAGUACAGCCGUCCAUCUCUGAAAGACGCCUGCAACAGUGACACGCCCACCUCUUCCAAUCACUCGUGCCAGGGCAUCAAACCUCAAAUGUUCAAGAACCUGGUUGGUCGGGGACACGCCGAGUUUUCAAGUAACAAGCAACAGGACGCUGCCGAGUAUAUGCUCCAUCUUUUCUCCGUCAUUGAACGCCACUGUGUCGGGUCAUCGAACCCAACCGACCAUUUGAGGUUUCAAAUUGAGGAGAGAAUUCAAUGUUCCGCAUCGAAUAAAGUGAAAUAUGUAGAAAGGAAAGAUUUCAUAUUGUCUUUGUCAGUUGAUGCAGAUGAUGCAGUUAACAAAGAUGAUGUUCUCGUGUAUGAAGAAAGGAAGAAAAAAGCUGAGGCUCUAGGACAAAAACUGGACUGUGCUGAGACGGUGAGGCCGAAGAUCCUGCUGUCUUCGAGCAUCGCUUCCUUCGCAUCGCAGUGCACCGUUGAAGAUUUCUACAGCAGUGCCAUCAACGGCAAGACAACUGCUUUUAAGACUACUAGGUUUAAAACAUUCCCAGAAUUUUUGUUGAUUCAGCUUCAAAAGUUCACUAUCGGCACAGACUGGCUUGAAAAGAAAUUAGACGUGAGUGUUGACAUGCCUGACAUCUUGGACAUCAGUCACUUGAGGGGCAGCGGUCUGCAGCCUGGAGAGGAAGAACUGCCCGAUGCUACAAAGUGUGGAGAUGUCCCCAACGAGCCGGUUUUCGAUGAAAAUAUUGUCUCCGAGAUGGUCAUGAUGGGUUUCCCGCUGGAGGGCUGCAAGAAGGCAGUCUACUACACAAAGAGCCAAAGUCUAGAUGCUGCCGUUGACUGGAUCAUGGAGCACAUUGCCGAUUCUGAUCUCUCAAGUCCCAUGGUUCUCAACGCGAAAGAAGUGCCAAGCGAGUUCAUGGCAGAUGAAGAGGCACUGCUCACCAUCACGUCUAUGGGAUUCACAAGAAAAAUGGCCUUGACCGCUCUCCAGGCCACCGACAACAACAUGGAACGUGCCAUGGAUUGGAUCUUCAGCCAUCCCGAGGCGACGGAUGCCUCCCUGGAGCAGCAGCAGCAUCAACUCAGCGCGAACCAGCAGCAAGUUAGCGCACCACUCUCGACUCCCAAGUUAACUGAUGGUCCCGGAAGGUACAGAUUGACUGGCAUGAUCAGCCACAUGGGUUCAUCAUGCAAGUGCGGUCACUACGUCUGCCACAUCUUGAAGGACGGCAAGUGGGUCAUAUACAAUGACGAGAAGGUAGCCCUCUCAGAAAAGCCUCCCAAAGAUCUUGCUUAUUUGUACUUGUAUCAAAGAAUCUAAAUAAUUUCGCUUAUUUGUUCGUUAGUCAAAGAAUCUAAAUAGUUAAGUCCACUAAAUAAUUUCCAUUUCGUCUUUUGGUAUACUGACAACGACUGAGUAAUUUAAUAAGUAAAACUUUUGUUAAUUUUUUAAAAUUUUCUGUCUAUCGAUUUACGUUUGCUGUCUGUUCACAUUCAGUUUAUCUGACACAAAUUGAACUUAGUAAGGUGAAACCAAUUUUUAUGAUCAAUGUGUUUUAAUGUUACAAAUUGAAAUAAAAUACUUAUACAAAGUUG